AUGAUUCCAAGCAAAUAUACUCUAACUCCACCUGAGGAUUUACAUCCUCUCAACUUUGAAGGUUCUAAACCAAUAUACCCUGAUUUUGAUCCAUGGUCCCAUACUCAGCUAGAAGAUAAAAUACUACUCAAUUUUGUGUCCAAAGGGUAUUACAAUAGUGCAAAAGUGAACUUUGAGAGCAUUUCAGCAAGGUCUUCUCUUCAAGAAUCACUUCCUACUGUUUCUACAUUGUUAGCGGACCAACUAUCCAACGUUUUGCAUAUUAGAGAACAAGACAUAAAUAAAAUAUCAUCCGUGGCAUUGGACGCGAAUUCUAAGAGGGUUAAAUUCAAUGAACUGGCUGGCCCAGGAUUUUCGCUUCCCACUCGUGUCACCUUAACUGACCAUCGAAGAGAACUAUGGCUACAGGAAAUAAGCUCUCCGCAUGCAUCCUUAUCCAACAUAUCGAAGUCAAUUCCACACGGCCUUAAAAGAAGACAAGUGUUAGAGCAGUGCUUUACCAAGCAGAUUCCUAUAUCCCGAGCUGUGUGGCUGAUCAAGUGUAGUUACUCGAUUGAAUGGAAAAUUCUCACCAGCAAACAGAAGCACGAAUCAUCAGAUGAGAUAACAAAUCAUCUAUACAAAGAAUGGACCGACAACAUGGCUCAUAUCCUUGAGAAGCUCGUUUUUGAAAUGACGCAGUAUUACAAUGAACCAAUUCAGCUGAGAGCAUGGAAAAAGAAGAUUUCUUACUAUCUUAAGUUACUGGGGAAUUGUUAUACUAUUAAUUUACUUGACAAAAAUAUCUUUCAUCAUUGGCUUGUGGAGUUCGUAGGGAAGGUCGAAAACUUUGAGUGCAUUCCUUUAACAUUGCAUAUAAUGUCAGUCUUCUGGGACGGAUUGUGUCAGAAAAGUGAAUCUGCCUCCUCGGAACAAAUCUUCUUAGUCAACAAAAUAACGGAGGCGCUACUCUACAAGUACUACAUGGUAUCCCGCAGCAAAUCUAUGAUUAAUGAUGAACAGUAUUUGAUCAAUGACGUGAAGAAAAACUCUAAACUAAAAGAGCUAAUUUUAGCGAAGUUGAAAGGAUUUAUUUUGAGAGUGUUUCAUGAGCAAUCAUUAGAAGCGUUCAUCAUGUCAAAUAAUAACUGGGAUAUCUACAAAAACUGCCUUUAUGAAAUUUUGGGAGUUGACAAGCAACAUGAGACGGGAUCCAACAAAACAGAGCUGAAGAAGAAAUUGGAAUUAAUUGUUUAUAGAAAUGAUUCCUUAAAGUUCAAUUCAGUUUUACAAGACAAUGAAACAAGUGAUACCAAUAUCAGCGAAGCUUUUGAGGGAUCGCUAGAGUCACUAUUCAUAAAGGAUAAGCCCCUAAAAUUAAAAAGAGUCGACUAUGGUCUUACGACAGUACUAGAUGACAAUUCUCCUGGUGAUGAUUGGGUAUCGUACGUCGAUCAGAAGUUGACACGAAUUGAUCAAGUUAUUCAGAUGAUCAUGUGGGCAAUUCAUCCAUCGCGAGCCUCUCAUUACGAAGGUUGUCAAUUGAUUGCUAAGCUCUUACUUUUAAAGAUUAAUUCUCAGAAUAGCUUUCAAGAAUACAAUAUUGAAGACACGGUAUGGGCCUUAAUCUUUCGAUUCGCCAAGUUGAGCAGCCAGGAAAUGAAUACGACAUUAGUGCCAUCCAGAUUAUACCAACUUUUGAAUAUUUUCAUAGGAUAUGGGCUAAUUAAAGUUCCCACUUACGUUCGCAAACUUAUUAGCUCAGGAAUUCUCUAUCUUUCGGAGUCGCAAGAUAAGUAUUUUCACUGUGAACUUUUGGUAAACCUGAAAAUAGCACCUCUUAUGAAAAGCCAGUAUAACAUGGUUUUGAAGAAUGUGAAAGAGUACGACCCUAGUUUUUUCGAAAAUUUCAACUACGAUAAAUUGAUGGAGAUGCUAGAAGUUGCUAAAUCUAAUGUUUUGGCUGGAGAUUUUGCGUUCGUCGAGACCGUUCCAUAUAGUGUAAAAGUUUUGUCAUCUGAAUGGUACCUAAACUUUAUCUGCACCCCAACAGAUAAUUUGCUAGAGCCUGUUGACAAGGAAAACAUUAUUAAUAAAUUGAAGGUUUUUUGCAUUAACAUGAAAGAAUUUCACCAUUUCUACAAAUGGGUGGAGUUCAUCGUUUAUCAUCAACUGCUGAAAGACAUUUCAGCAUUAGAAUGCCUGGUUGAUAUCCUAAUGUUUUAUGAUAAGCUCUUCCCGCUUCUAAUCAACGAUCAUAUUUUGUUGAUGAAAACCUUAUUGCAUUUGUACUCGAAAGAACUAGCAUUGAAGGAUCCACAAUCUUAUCAAGUCUAUGCUUUCAAUCACUUUUGGAAGUUUUUUACCAGAAAAUUUCCUUUUGCAUUAGAAAUUGAUGGAGAUCUUCAAAUGAAACUGGCUGAGGUAUAUGAGAGUGAAAAAUUACGAAUGGAAAAAAUAGCGAAAUCUUAUUCAAUGGCAUCUGAAUUGUAUGAUCAAAUCAAUAGAUCAACACCUUCUUCAGGCUCAGAAAUGAAUAAACUUGAAUCUCAUAAUUUUCCAAGCUUAUUUCAAAAGAAUAUAAAACUGCUGUUAAAUUCUAACGACGAGGGAGUUAAGUACUCUGCCAAGACCAGUAUGAGACUAUUACUGAACUUGAACCCCAGCGAGUACAAUAAGUUUAUGUCAGUUUUUUUGAAACGCAAAGAUUUCACUGAUGAACAACUCAAGCACUUAAUCUCCUUAAAAGUCCUAUCUUUUGAACAAAUUAACAAAGUCUUAGGAGAGCCAUUUCUUUUAAAACUAUUAGAUUCGACCUAUUUUGAUUUGGGAUUAACAUUUGAGCUACAAAAACACAAUUACAUCAAACAAAACUUCAAAGACUUACUAAAUGCUUAUCAGAAACUCAGAAGUGAUAACAAUAUUAGCCUCUUCAACUUGAUCAUAAUUUUCAACACCUCUCCUGCAAGACAAGACCAGUCUUGUAAUACCUUAUACAAGAUUUUGAAAAGUAACGAUACAGAUUGCUUAUCUACCAUCACGAAUUUGUUGGGGUUCGGUACCAAAGUUUACCCAUGCACUGGAAGUCUUGAAUGUGUAAAUAACGAUGAAACUGACGAUGAGGGCGAUCAUACUAUCGAAGAAUUGUCUCCUGUUGAACUUUUUGAAGAGCUGGAUUUUGCAAACCUAUGGAUUUUUCAAGUUUUCACCAAAUACUAUCUGGAGAUACUAUCAAUGAACGCAGCUAAUGAUUUAGUAUUCAAAAAACACAUUUUUGAUAUUAUUGAUGUUACAGGUGAUGAUCUACUGUGCUCAAAAAUUUUUGAUCGGAUUUCUGAUUUGACUUUAUUGGAGAGGCUUCUUUGCGUUGUGGAAAUUGAUUUCUUUGAAAAGUGCCUCUCGAAUAGAGAUGUUUCUUUGCCAUACUUUAGAGUUAUCAUUGAAAUUAUAACAAACCUAUCCAGGAAACUAAAUAAAAUUUCAGGUGGGGUUAUUGCGAUGCAUGACCGUGCGUUUAAUUUAUUACAACUAUGUGCAGAAAACUUUGCUAGUAUGCUACCAGAUGAACUAUUGAAUUCCGAGAGCAAGCUCGACGUAUAUUUGAAAGUCAUGAUUGUUCAUCAGCAAUUUGUUUUUCGUAAAUGUAUCGACGGAUUACAAACUGGAGGUCCCGAGAAAGACUUGAUUUGCCACCUAUGUAAGCUAUUUGGGAAGGUCGGUUUCAGUCUGAAAGUGAAAUUAUUGUUAUAUGACAUCCUUACUUCACUCAAAUCCUUUACAAUUUAUGCGUCAACCAGGAAAAGCCACUCAAACAUGGCGAAAAUCAAUAUAAAUGUUCCAAAAGAACUACUCGAUUUACCACCUUUCAGCAUUUCGUCGUUCAUGAAAAGCGAUCCGACCGAUGACGAUUCUGCAGAUAUUCACCUGGGUAUUGUGGAUGAUUCAUCCACUGAGCGUCAAAUUGAACCAAAAUAUUUUAUUUUCAAUAAGAAGACUUUGGAAUAUGACUGUAAAUUGGUUUUGAAACCGUUUCAUCUAUUAAUCAAUUAUCAAGAAGCAGGAAAUGGUCCUUUUAAUAAUACUUCGCUGAGUAUGAGCUUGUUCAAUGCAAGUUUUGACAAGAAAAAUCCCACUUAA